AAAAGGUUUGUGAUGAGACUAGGAGAGAGUUCGUGGCAUGAAGACUGUUUAUUCUGCUCCCAGUGCCAAUGUUCCCUGCAGAACUCUUGUUACUUCAGAGAAAACAAACUCUUCUGCCGGAUGGAUUACGAAAGGAUAUUUGGUGUAAAAUGUGACCGGUGUGGAAUAGUGCUCUCCCCUCAUGACCUUGUGAUGCGUACAAUGGCGUAUAUAUUUCAUUUACAUUGCUUUGCCUGCGUCAUGUGCGGUCAACCCUUACAGAGAGGAGAUCAGUAUAUACUACGGGGUGGACAACUAAUCUGUAGAAUGGAUUUUGAAAAAGAGCUUUACAUGAUGCAGGGUUUCGGGGGUAUGGACCAGACUAGAUGGAUGGGCGAUGAGUUAGGUUAUGAUGAUCUCGGCGGAGGGAGGCCUAGAGAUGGGCGUAGAGGACCAAAACGACCUAGGGAUGUGCGCGAAGCGCUAGCAAAAGAUACUGGUUUAAGUGUGAGAGUAGUCCAAGUUUGGUUUCAAAACCAACGAGCUAAAAUGAAGAAAAUGCAGAGAAGAAGUAAAACGGAUAAGGACGGAAAACCAGUAGAGAAGGAAGGAAAGAAGGAGAAAGAAG